CUCUGAGGAGAUUCUGUGUGAAGCUGUUAGAGAAAGCAGUGAAGUUUUCUGAACUUUCCUGCCUAUUAGAGCCAGGGAAUCUGUCCACCAGGGCUGGAUCAACCUCUCAGCUAGCACUAUGGCUUACUCUGAAGCUUCAACAAUUGAAAUGCCAGCCCUGGGCCACCCUCUGCGGCUGGGGAUGCUGUACGACUGCCGCAGCGACACUCUUAUACCAGGUAUCACUUUAUGGGGCAUUGAGGUUCUUAAGAAAGACGUGGAGACAAUGCCAAAGCACAAUACUGAAUUCCAGAUCAUUGCAUCUGAUUCCAUUGAAGAUAAAUCCUCCGCUCUUAGUCUGUCUGGAUCCCUGAAGGCCAGUCUCCUGGGGGGGAUGGUGGAAGUAGGUGGAUCUGCAGCAUUUUUAAAUAAUACAAAGAAAUCAAAAAAUCAUGCUCGAGUUGCUCUCCACUACUCAGUGACAAACUGUGAUCACCUGACUAUGAGCCAUUUGGGGACCGAGAACAUCUCUUAUCCUGCUGUAUUUGACCAAGGCACGGCCACCCAUGUGGUCACAGCUGUGAUGUACGGGGCUCAGGCUUUCUUUGUGUUUGAUCGAGAAGUUUCUUCAUCAAAGAGUAUGCGAGAGAUAGAGGGGGAAAUGAAACUGAUGGUGGAAAAGAUCCCAAAGGUUUCUGGAGGAGCAGAGGUGUCUGGGGAAAAGGGGAACAAGGCAGAAGAAAAAAAUGAAAAUUUCAGUUGCAAAUUUUAUGGUGAUUUUGCUCUGGAGAACAAUCCAGUUACUUACCAAGAUGCCCUGGAAGUUUACUCCACUCUCCCAAAGCAGCUUGGAGUCGCUGGUGAAAAUGCUGUGCAGGUGAGAGUCUGGCUGUAACCACUGAGCAAGCUGGAUCCCAGAGCUGCUCAGCUAGUGUGAGAGAUCAGCUCGGUGCUGGUUUAUGAUGCUCAAAGUGCCCUGGAGCACCUGACUGAGUGUGACAUCCGGUGCAAUGACAUGGUGCAGGACAGAACGGCUACAACCUUCCUCGAGAUCCAGAGGAAAAUCCAGCAAUUCAGAGAUCUGUGUAAACAGCACAGACAGACCUUCCAAAAAGAGCUAGCAAGAACCCUGCCCUCUAUCCGUGGCGGUGGAGCAGAGGAAGAGGCCCUUGUGGACAUUUUAACCAACAAGGAGCAAUCGCCAUUCGGUACCCAGCGACUCAAUGAAUUUCUGGAUAAGAAACAAGAAGAAAUGGAUUUUCUCAAUUCCUACUUGGCUGAGCUAGGGGAGGUGGAAGUCAUAUCCUCCAGGAAUGAGCUACAACGUAUAGUUCUCAGCCCCAGGCAUGACUUUGUUGUGUCUCUUACACUCACUUCAUUGCACAAUGAGGAAUCCUACUUAUCAGAAUUGAACCUUUGGCUGAAGAGACAAUUUAUGAAGAAAACUCAUGAUCCAGCGUUAGCCAGUUCUGCCUGUGAUAUGCCAAAAUCCAAACUAUGGUUUGAGGACGAAGAGAUAAGAAGAAAAGCACGACAAGCCGUAAAGUCUCUCUCUGACUUUUCUUAUGUCAACAAAUCUAACGGGGAGACUCGGUUCAUUGUGGCCUCUGUUCCAGACAAGGACAAUCCAGGCGCUUCCAUUUAUCUGUAUGAAAACAGAGAGCUGAUCAGCACCAGCUUUGAGCCUCCAUCAAAGCCUCUUCCUCCCCUGAUUGAUGGAAUCAGACAUGACCAUGUGCAGCUCACAUUUAACCCAGCAGCCUAUGGAAGGGCUGCGAUAUCCGGCUACAGGGCAGAGUACAGAAUUGUAGGGCAGGAGGACUGGAUGGCUGUGACUGUAAACAACACACAAGUGACAUUCACAGUAACGGGGUUCCAUGCAAACACCAAGUACCAAUUCCGAUACGCUGCAGUGAGCAAACCAGGGCUCAGCGAGAGCAGCGACAUGAGUGAUCCUGUGAAGACUCUUCCUACCAGCCCUCCUCGGAAGCCUGGAAAAAUUACUGUAGAUUCAUCAGCCAUUGAGCUCACCUGGGAGUGUCCAACUGUGGUUGGAGAAGGAGUUAUUAUAAGCGAGUAUAAGGUGGAAUAUAAAGAGGAGUCCAGAGAUAUGAGUCAUGAAGGGAAAGACAAAUGGAUAGAACAAAGAACAGGAGAGAAAACCAAGUUCUGUAACAUUGAUGGACUGAGGCCUGAGACCCCCUACAGAUUCCGAGUGUCAGCUGUGUGUGCGGACGGGGCUGUGAGUGAUCCAAGCGAGGAGACUUCCAUUUCAACAGUAAAGGUCUGGGCAAAUCUCCCAGUAUCAAGUAUGGCCUCUGUUGAGAAUGCAGCCAUUGAGAUGCCGGCUCUGGGUCGUCCUUUCCAGCUGGGGAUGCUGUAUGAUUGCUGCACAGACUUCAUCAUCCCAGGCAUCACACUAUUGGACAGUGCGGCUCUUAGGAAGGACAUGGAUAUGCAAAAACAAUACAAGACUGAAUUUCAGGUUAUCGCAUCUGACACCAUUGCAGAGAAAGCCUCUGCACUCCAUGCUGGUGAAUCGCUGAAGGCCAGUUUCCUAUGUGGUUUACUUGAAAUGAAUGGAUCUGCUGUAUAUUUAAGUGACACCAGGAAAUCCAGACAUCAGGCCCGAGUUACUCUCCAAUACAAAAUGACAAUGAGGUCUGAGCGUCUGACAAUGAGCCAUUUAGGACAGCAGGUUAUUUAUCCUCCUGUAUUCGACCAAGGCAAAGCCACCCAUGUGGUCACAGCUGUGCUGUAUGGGGCUCAGGCUUUCUUUGUGUUUGAUCCGGAAGUUUCUUCGUCUGAAAGUGUAGAAGAGGUGCAGGGAAAGAUGAAACUUACUAUAGAAAAAACACCAAAGAUUUCAGAAGAAGAUGGAGAGUCCAAAAUGGAGGAUAAGGAAACAGAAAAUACUGAAAAAAUCACUUGUACAUUCUAUGGUGACUUUGGUCUUGAGAACAAUCCAAUUACUUAUCAAGAUGCUGUAAAAGUUUAUUCCACCCUCCCCAAGCUGCUGGGAGACAAUGGGGAGAAGGCCGUUCCAGUGACAGUCUGGCUGUAUCCACUCAUCAAGCAAGAUUCCAGAAGCACUCAGCUGAUACGUGAGAUUAGCAUCAGGCUGAUUUCUAAUGUUGAAGCUGUCAUGGAGCACCUCACAGAAUUAGAUGUGCGGUGCAAUGACAUGAUGAAGGACAGAACUGCCACAACUUUCCCUGAAAUCAAGAGGAAAGUCCAGCAAUUCCAAGCUCUGUGUAAUCAGUACAGACAGGCUUUUCAGCGACAUCUAUCAGAACUCUUACCCUCUAUCCGUGGAGGAGGAGCAGAGGAACAGGCCCUGGUGGACAUUUUAAGCAGCAAAGAACAAUCACCAUUCAAUACACAGCGACUCAAUGAAUAUCUGGAUACAAAGGAGCAAGAGAUGAAUUUAGUGGAUUCCUACAGAAUGUGGAAGUCGUAUCCUCCGAGAGUGAGCUAGAAAAAAUAGUCGUCAGCCCUGAGCAUGAUUCAGUUGUGUCUUUCACACUUACUUCAUUACACAACGAAGAACCAUAUUUAUCAGAUUUGAACUUUUGGCUUCAACAACAGUUUCUGGAGAAAAUUCAUGAUUCAGCA